AUGACUGCGCUGAAUUCUUCGGAUCCAAACUUUGAUGUUUACCUGUCGAUAAUUCAAGACAAAGGCUACUGGUUGACUUUAGCAUUCGUUGGAUUUUUUCUGGCCUUCACUAUUAUCAUAGGAAACUCACUUCUCCUCUUCAUUACUUACAAGGAUCCCCAAAAAACGCUUCGUACUCCGCCCUGUUUAUUGAUCACCAAUUUGAGCGCUUCUGACUUACUUGUUGGGCUGUUAAACGUCUCGCUUGUGGCGGUGAGAGAUGUGUAUCGUUACAAACAAGUAAAUAUGCCUUUCCUGGAAUUAUUCAGGGGAAUUAUGUAUACUGUUUUCAUUAAAACAGUUUUCGUCAGUUGUUACUCAAUAGUUGCUAUGUCAACAAGUUGCUUUGUGGCGAUUAACAAGCCAAUGGAGUAUAAAACAAUCAUUACUAAAAAAAGAGUCAAGAUAUUUAUCGGUGUUUUGUGGGUGAUCUCUUUGUUGACCUGUAUUCUACCUAUGACGAACGUGCCUGAGAAAACUUAUACGAUGAUUUAUCUUCACACGCACGCAACUGUACCAGCCAUUUUGUUGACUGUGGUUUACGUGAACGUGUUUCGCGCUCUCUCGAGACGUACACGCGAAGUUCAAAGAGAGGGCUACAACUCUGUAGCGAGUAGAGCACUGGAACGUGAGAAAAAAAUGAUCAAAGCAAUUGUUAUAAUUCUUGGGUUAUUCUACAUCACAUUAAUGCCUCAGUAUGUAUCUCUCCAUCUAUUGCACUUUUGCGAAUCAUGCAAGAAGUCGUUAACUUUCCACAUGAUUGAUGUAGCCUUGUCUAGAUUUUUAUAUAUAAGUUCCGCUAUCAAUCCCUUCGUGUAUGCUUGGAGAGUACCGAAGUAUAACCAGGCCUUUCAAGAUUGCUGGAAGAUGUGCCGUAGUAAACUGGGAAUUACUUCGCCUUAAUCGUUUGCGUCCUCUCUUCGUCAAAGUCAGCUGCAAAGUGGCAAUGAAAUGUCUGUGGGUGGUAGGCACAGAGCACAAAGCAAGCCAACUGAAUUAACCAAGACUUGAUUUAUUCAACUAUGCGAAAAAUCCUUAAAAAUAUUUCGAUUGUAUUCAGGCAUUGUUAAAAAAUCUAAUUUAUUCAAUUGAAAGUAUUAUUAUCAUUCUCGGAUACUGGCUUGAUCUUAAAUACUGUUAGGCUUGGGCCCUCGUCGAAUUAAAUCUUUUAUGAGACGAACCGAGCAUUUGGAAAUGUGGGUGAUAAAAAGCACCUGGCCCACCUUCUCCCUUCGGCACAAAAUGACUGACCUACCCCUACACCAAGGUUGGAAAUUACAUGACCCACCCCCUAGUAUUAAAACAUGGAUUUUUGGUUCCCUCUUAAUAAUCAAUUAAAACGUUGUUCUGUGCAUGACAAAAUUUCUUGAUACAUUGCUACAACCAAUAUCAAAAUCACAGAUCAUACCUCUCAUUGAAAAGACAAAUGUGAAAGACCGACCAUUUCUUGCUUCGAUGGACGUUAUGAGUCUUGACACAAAUAUACCGCAAAACGAGGCGGCAUUAAAAUUAUCUUUAAAGCAUAUGAAAAUUUCUACAGGCAACCUAUUCCGACACAUCACUUGCCGGAAAUGCUUAGAUUAAUCCUUAAAAAAAAUUUCUUCCACUUCAAUGGAAAGCACUACCUUCAAACCGAUGGAACUGCAAUGGGCACAAAGACGGCAGUUUCGGUUCCUUUGCCAAUAUUUUCGUGGCAUUUAUUGAAACAACAACUCUAAGCAAAUCCGUGUUUAAACCAACAGUUUGGAAAUGCUGCAUGGACGAUAUGUUUCCCUACGGGACAAAAGUAAAUCAGACAUCGAAGCCUCUAUUGAACAAGCAAACUUACUUCACCCAACCAUUAAAUUCACGGCCGAAACAUCUGACACUGGGACUGUGUUUUUAGAUACGGUUGUAUACAAAGGCAUAAGAUUCAAGGAAAAAUCUAUCCUUAAUGUAAAGACACAUUUUACACAAAAAAAGGAUUUGUCAAAGGAGAAGCCUUGAGAAUCCUACGAAAAAACUCCUCAGAAACAACCAUUGAGAAAAAUAAUUCGAAUUCACUGAAAAAACGCUUGAUAGACAGAGGCUACCCACAAAUUUUGAUAGAAAACCUAUUAUCAGAAAUAAAAUUCACUGAAAGGAAGUCUAAACUCCUAAAACAAAACAACAAGGAGGAAAAAGAAAUACUGCUAUUCGUGACACAAUAUCAACCCUCACUAUAAAGGAAGCUUGAAUGAAAAAGUGGAAUCUUAUGCAAGACUAACCAUACCUUCGCUAAAUUUUUAAAGAACCACCUAUCACUUUCUUACAAGAAAGGAAAAUCAUUAAAGGACAUGCCUCUUAGAGCAAAAAGAAAGGUUAACAAAGGGUUUCACGCCGGUAUAGAUGUGUGGCCUGUCACCCCUUGCAUUUUCUCACACAACAGGUUGGAGAGUAUGUUAGCAAUAAUUCCAGCUGGCUGUGUUUUAUAUAACAAGUGUGGGCAACUGUCUCGUUAGUAUCAGUAUAGUGUGCCUACCUGAAAAUUGGACGACCCACCCCUUGCAACCGGCUCAAAACCUCAUUACUCACCCCGUCUCUGCUUCGGCCCACCGCCCCGCCUCCUAUACUUUUUGACCAAUUCCCUUAGUUCGUCGCAUGUGAAGAUCGACGUGUUGAACCAUCCAAACCGCAUUCAGACGAACUAAACUGAGCCAGACGUGGAACUUUUUCACUACGUUUGAUUCGUCUCAUGAAAAGUUUUACGUUUGGCCUAGGCCUUAGUUCGUUUACUGCUGUGACAUUCUUCAGACCCGCUUGCUAACGGCUUAGUUGUUCAGAUAUAUAUGAAUUACAAUAAACCUUUUCAGACAACAAUAUGGAUGGAUUUUUCACGUAACAGCGUAACAGUGUUCCUAAAAACAGCAAGGUUGUUCAGUCAUGAAAAGGCUGACAGUGGUUAUGGGGCCGGCUGCCGGUCAUGUUUUGAAAACAAUAAAUGGCUGUAAAAAAAAGUACAAACACUUAUAUUAUUUGCGCCCUUAGCCUUUAUCCUUAAAUCCUUAUCUUCCUUUAGAACCAAAAAUUAUUCCGAGAGGAGACAAAAGCAGACUGGCGUGACAGUCAGUUAAAGUUUAAAGAACCUUGACCGAUAAUUUGUAAAGAAAAUGGUUUUGUUUCUUUUUCCGAGUUGGUGAAGAUUGAGAUAUUGGGCCAAUAAUGAAUUUUUAUGCACCUUCUCUAUGUCUCUGAGGCGCCUCUUCUCCAAUGUUGCAGUAAAGAAAGAAUUUUGGAGAGAUCACGAUCGCUCCACGAUAAAAUAUAAUUCUUUUGUUUCAGUCCUCAGAAAAAUUAUGAAUAUUUCAUAACUGCCUAUUUUUACGCUACGUUUGUCAAAGUGUCACCACUGGACCCAAUUUCUCUUCAGUCAGUCUCAGAUAAUUUUCUUGGAGUAGAAUUUUUUUUCUUGAAGUGUAACAAUUAAGUUUUGCACCCAACCCUCGCUGGUCACCCGAGAUUACGCGCGUUGGAUUCCCUCCUUGUUUCCAGUUCGUCCCAAUUCCUCAGGGUACUGUAUUCGUUUUUUCCGCCCUCGCGUUUGUUCCCAGGAUCUUCGCCUACGUAGCGAUCGACAAUGAUUCUGGAAAAACACCUGCGCUUUAUUUCCUUCUCUUAUCUAUGUCAUUAUCAAGUAACUUUGCAUGAGCGCCAUCAGCUUUUGUCUUGCUUUUUGUUUUUGCUGGAUCGAAAUACUAUAAUCUUUGAAGGACAAAAAACGGGGAACCGGGGUAGCAGAAGUGGUGCCAAGGGAAAACGCCUCCUGACAGUUCAAGUCCUGGAAGUGACGUCAAAAGUGAGCAAAAACCAACAUUUCUAAAUUUCAAUUCGAUCUGAAAUAUUGUAGUCGAGGAGCUACUUCGUGGAUGCCUAUAAGUUGAAUAAAAGACCUUGUCUAUAUUAUAUACGUUUACUGCUCAUACUGAGAUCUACUGACACAAGGCGAGGAGACUCAAGUGAUUCGAGUUCAGACAUUUGCGUGACGCAGCGCUCCGCGUCAACUCAACGUCCAUCAGGAAACACAUGAGCUUUGUUAGAUCAUCAGCGCAUAUAUCACGGUUGCCCUGUGUUAAAAAAGUCUUCAUUCAACCGAUUUCUUAAAUACUCAGUAGUCUAUAUAAAUAGAGGCUGUGAAUGGGGUAAACCGACUAGCGACAAAGGGCGAAAAAUAUUACUGACCACCGACAGAACAAGAAAAAAAUUGCCGACUACCGACAGGAAAAAUAUUAACCGUCUACCGACAUGAACCGACAUUAUCGAUGUUUGUUUCAUAAAUUAAAGAAGAGCGCUCUGUAUUUUUUCUAGCUUAGGACGUGAUCACAUUACGUUUAUGGCUUAUCAGAUGGUCAAUUUCCUGAGGAAAGUAUUUCAAACUUCAAAAAUGCUUGGUGGACAGAGGCUACCCACACAAUUUGAAAGAAAAGCUGCUAUCAGAAAUAAAACUCAAGGAAGUCCAAGCUCCUGAAACAAAACAACAAGGAAGAAAAAGAAAUAUGGCCUUUCGUGACACAAUACUCAGCAAUUAUUCGCCGAAGGCGAAGUUAAUAUUGUUGAAUAAUCUCCGAGACGAAGUCGAGGGGAUUAUUCAACAAUAUUAACUAAGCCUGAGAUGAAUAAUUGUUUUAGUAUAUACACACGAGUUGAUCUAAACAGAAUCAGAAAGGAAACCAUGAAAAAAACUAUUAUUUUGAUUCAAGGGUGAAUUCAUGCGUGAACAUGUAGCCGUAAACAGCAGAAGCACAACAGUUGGAUCUUUACAGUAUUUUCAAACAUGGCAAAUCAUAGUUUUAAUUUUUUUGUAAGCUUUAGCAUCAAUGAUUGAAAAGAAAACGUUUAAAGUUUAAAUAACCCCCCUUAAUGAUAAGAAACACAGAGCUUUAUUUUCUUCUGUCAACUCACCGUGAAUGAGACGGUUUUUUUGUCGCUUCUUGCCAGAUAACUUCAAGUACCGCGAUACGGUCAGACGAUACAGGUCAGCGGAUACCUUGUUUUGACAGUUCUCAAUUGAUCACAACGUUGAUGUGCAAUCAGUUUCCUCCUGGGCUCCCAAAGUAGAUAGAAAGUGUGAAAGUAAACAUUGGUUCUCCUGUGGUGAGGACGGACGGACGGUCGGGCGAUCGGUCGGAGUACGGUCACGUGAUUACCAAAUUUUCGGGGAUGGCAGCAUUGCCGAAACGUCGGAGUUUUAUUUGCAAUUAUCAGCGUUUAACUUACCACCUUCCCACUUUUAGCCCACGCAAACGCUAUGUACGAACCCCCUUUAUUUGUAUCUAGACUUACUAUGCUAUGAGGCUCCACCUACGCGCGCGCUUGGCGCGCGCGUAGAGCCCCGAUUCCUGCAUUCAGCAGUGAAUCUUUCACGAUAACUUCGCAGUAUUCGCCAGAUUGAAAAAACUUUGAAUGAAUAACAUCGCUAUGAAGACAUGAAAAUCAAAUUUAAGAAAACGGAACUAACAAAAAUAGUAUGACUUUUACUCAGCCCCCAUCAAGAAUUUUUUUCUAGCAAUCUGGUGGGCAGGAUAUUUUUUCCCUUUUUCCCCAUAAGCUUUCUAUUACAUUUGUGCUGCAUGCAAUUUUUUUCUUCCGACAAGUGCUUGCAGGAAUUUUUUUUUUCAAAAUCACCCACCCACCCUAGUCAAAUUAAAACCAGCUAUUGCGUGUAAAAUAUUUGAUACCCUUAUCUCCACUAUCCUGACAUAUAAUAGUGAAAUCUGGGGUGUGUAUGCAAAACCAGAUUUUAAGGCUUGGGACGGUACACAAAUUGAAAAAACACACCUUCAAUUUUGCAAACGGUAGUUAGAGGUAAAUAACAAAGCUUCUAAUAUAGCAUGUAGAGCUGAACUUCGUCGCUUUCCUUCAAGUAUCACUAUUACUCAAAAACUUCUCAACUACAUUUAUAUUCAGUCUAAAACCGAAGACUCUUUUGUCGAACAAACCUUCUUAAUGUCAUUUGAUCUACACUCCAAUGGUAAAGUAGAUUUCACUCCCAUCUCAUGAAGAUAUCAGAAUAUUUCAACAUACCUAACUUUAAUCCUAAUUUGUUAGAUACCGCAAUAGUCAAAACCUUUGUACGCUUGAUGAAACAAAAAUAUAUCUCCUAUUGGAAAAACACCCUCCAACCUUCUCAAAAACUAGAAUUUAAAUAGAUCUUUUAAAAACGAGCAAACCAUUUCUAAUUAUCUAGAUUUAACAAUAGGAACAGCCGAGAGAAAGGCAUUAGUCAAAUUACGAAUUAGCAAUCACAAAUUAAUCAUUAUAUUUGUGAACAAGGUAGAUACAAUCAGAUAUCUAGAGAAAAUAGACAUUUCAAAUAGAAGACGAAAUUCACUUUCUUUUUCACUGUUCUAAAUACUCUAUAAUGAGGAAUAAUUUUUACCACAAAGUUCAAUCUCUGAUACCCAAAUAUUACCCAAUUACACGUCAACGAUCUGAUCAAUGAACAGAUGAACUCCUCAAAUUACUAUAUUAAUUUACAAUUGGUUAAAUAUAUUUCAGCUUGCUUUGAUUUCCGUGACAAAUUGUUAGCAAAGUAAAUUAAUUGCAAUAAGAUGAAAUUUUAGUUUUUCUGUUUUUCUCUUAAGGUAGCUUUUUGCAAUACUAUGUGUACAUGUAUGGUCAUGCAACAGUAGUAGUGGGCGGCUUUUCAGGGCUUUUUUAUCGAUUAGUUAAAGAGCCAAUUAUAAAAUAAUAUAACGAACACGUGAUCAAUAUCGAUUUAGUGACGUCACCACUAUCUGUGAACGGGAAGUUGUUAAACCGGAAGUGUCACAGGACAACAUGUUGUGCUGAUUACUAAGAAGCUAAAAAUAACUAAAGCGAAAUCAAAAACUCGGUUCCCAUUGGCUGAAAUUUCACAAUUUCCUGUCAACCUUUCAGGAGUUGCCCAAUCAUAGCCUUUCGGGUGGAAAUUGACCAGUCACUGUUUGCCCCUUGGAAUGGGCGGAGCAUUCAUGUCGUUAUUAGUAGCUGUCUGACUAGAAUGUCCUCAUUUUUAUCAAGAUGGCGGAAGAUGAGGAUGUUCCAUGUCAGAGAAAACGUGAAAGAUAAUAUCGAUUUUAGUGACGUCACCAGUUGUUAAACCGUAAGUGUCACAGGACAAUUUGUUGAGCUGAUUUCUAAGAAGCUAAAAAUAACUAAAGCGAAAUCAAACGUUACUAUUAAAUGGACGAAUAUUUUAUUUAAGCAAAUCCAGGUAUGAACUACAGAUCUCUUCCACUCUUCUGAGAUAGAAAUAUACAUAUAAGCACAGCACUAAACAGUACCUAAAAUCUUCUGAGAAGCAGGAAAUCGCCUCCUAAAAUCGGCUAAAUCGCACCUUCGAUCGUCUCCGAAUCGCGAUAAACUUAUGGAAAUUACCUUAUGAAGCCAAUAACAAGCAUCUAAGGCCAGUAUGAGAUCUUGAAAAUUCUCUAAGUCGCUCUCCUCCGUAAUGUUUUUCAGAAAAGGAAGCAGUAUUUUGAUCCCGGGUUUUGAUUUCUCUCUCUCACGAGAUGCGAACUCGACCGUGUCGCGAUUGAAAUAAGGCACAUAAACAGUUUUACCCAUGAACCUUUGUGGGUCGUGACGCACACCGCCUAGUCAUGCAAAUAAAACUUGUUGUUGUUGGAACAAUUAUCUGUCAACAGCUGUAAAACUGACCAAUCGGGCUCCGUUUCUGGGCUGACGGAGAGUUUGUUUACAACAAAAGAGCCGUCCGUAGUCCGUCUUUUCUUGUCCUAAUCCCUUAUUGUAACAUAAAGUCGUGGUUUGCAAUCGCGCUGGCUGAGAUAAGAACUAAACGGAUUUUAAGAGAAAAGGCGGACUGCAAGCAGUCUAACAUAAAGCCGAAAUGUCUGAAAUCUACAACGUCGUCUUCUACGCCCGUAGGCACCGGCAGCGGUUUGUGCUGCGUCACGCAACUCAAAGAUUCCAGUGACUUUAAUUAUAUAACCUCUUGUAUAUAAAGCAAGCUGGGGACCUCUGGGCUGAGGAAAUGGAAAUUCCUCUGACCGUAAUCCAUAACCGGAUUAGCAUUCGUCAAGCAGGUCUACAUGGGGUAAUACUUUUUUUUUUCAAAUAACAAUUAAGUAUUUUCUUGGCUUUUCUGCGGUUAUAACGAUUAUUUUCAAUCCAUUGCAGUUAACAGAGACCUGAAGAAGACAAAUCUAUUUUUUUGAAAAAGUUGUCAAGUUUUGUCAAUUUCGACCUCUAAAACCCCUUUCAAGAUGGAAAAAAAGGGUUUUAAGGGAGCCCUCAGCCAUGAGAAGUCACGUGAAGGCCUAACAAGCUUCUCUGCAUGACCAGUUUUACUAGAAAGUUCUUAAGGUUAACUUUUUAUGACCAAUGUUUAAAAUUCCUGCCUAUAAAUAUAUAGACUGCGAGAAUGUCGUUCUUUGUCCAGUUAACCUCUCUUGAUUACUUUUUACGGUGGCCUGUAAGCAGUAGGGAAACCAACAGAGCGAACGAUUAAUUUUGUUUGCGAAUCGCGUGACGAAUUUCGCGAUAGAAAAUUCAACAGUUGUCGGCAGAGGCUACUUUUCGCACGCCAGCUCACACAGCGAAAAUGUAGCCUCUGCUCGCAUGAUACCGAAAAUUUUAACCGACUACCCACAAAGUAACUGAAUUUUAACCGACAACCGACAAGUGCUCCCCCCCUCCCCCCUCCCCCACUCCCCACUCAACUCCCCGAAAUAGGCCUUACAACGGUUUUGGAAGCCAUCUUGACUGGUAGGCAACCGCGUGAGAAAUUACAGUGUUUGUAUGAGAAUCUAAUGUCGAAUAAUUCUGAAGAAAUAUGAAUUGUAAACUAAAGCUUCACUCCUGACGAUUCUACUGAAUACUAAAAAAAUGGUGGGCGUUACAUGCAGUUACACGCGCUAGAACCACUUUAUAAAAUUUUGUAUACAGUCACUGUCUCUAAAGAUUUCUCUUCCGGCCGACUAAAAUUUCCCGGGAAAAGUUUCAGACAAAUAUAUGGAAAAUCUAAGCAAGCGUCUGGAGAAAUUUAAGCGCAGUAACGGCCCCCAAAAUUUCUUAGUAAAAUCCUUCGCUUGAGUUAAAAAUUCAUAUUUUUUUUCAUAACAGCCGUUUUACGGAAAUUAUUCGACAUUAGAUUCAUAAACACUGUUUAUUUAUUCAUUCAUUUAAUCAAGUUUCAGAUUUACAAUUACAAUGACAAUAAAAACAAUCAAUUACUCAGUCUGAGGUAGGCUCAAAACAGAGUACAAGACUCCUUAAAAAUAAGCCACUGUAAUUUCUCACGCGGUUGCCUAUUGUCAAGAUGGCUUCUAAAACCGUGAUAAGGCCUAUUUCACCUUGACACUGCCUGGAGACAAUUCAGCAUGACAGACACAUUAUUCUCCCAGAGACUCAAUUUCUACCAUUUGCUCUAGGGCAACCCGGUUCUCCUAUUUUCAGCCUUACACAAUGCCAUCCACUUAAAUUAAUGAAAUAACAGCAACAAAAUUAACUGUACCUUUUAACAGGCAACCUCAAACUGUACCUUAAAUGUGUGCUUUUGAGCGUUGAAGAGUAAUAAAGUUUAAGAAAACACGCUGAUCCUGUAUGUUGAUUAAACUACUUUAAUUUAUCUAGAAAUGGUUAGGAGUCGAAUAAGUUUUUAAUUUUUCGAAAGUUACAAGCCGGUCUUGAUUAAUUCGAAUGAUUCUUCUUAGUUCAUCGCUCUCCAGGUGCAAUUCAUGUCAAGAAAUGCCUGUUAUUUCUGAUAAACUACACCAGCGUAGUGCCGAGAGGACUUGAAAUGAAAACUUCGGUACCCAUUGCCAAUACUGGUCACUAUAUAGUCUAAUAACGACACCUUACUGUUUUGUUCAACUUUUUAAUGAGCGGUUGAAAUCAAUUUCCUAUGACUAAUGGAUAUAAGCAAAUUAAUUCGUUGUAGUGCUAACAAUUAAAUUCUCUUUCAAUUCAUAUGGAGAACAUUAACAAAUGUUAUCACCGUGUAUAUCUCACCAAAAAAUCGUCUUGUUUGAGACACACCCUUAACCGGGGAGCCUGUGACGAGUAGGCUCCUCCGAGUCGAUCAAAAAGUUUGACCGACUAUAAAAAGAACUAGAGCUGUCAGGAGAAGGGGUUUGUAUUUUUCCUUUAACUUUAGAGAAAGGAUUAGACUCGCCGCACGCGAAUUUUUAUUUCUUCCGAUAGUUGUACAAGCAAUAAAAAUUAAGUUCUCAUUAUAUUUCUAUAUAAUGGUACAAAUACACACCAAUCAAGUACCAAUUAAGAAGUCAGUGCCCUGUUUAGUUAAUUGAUUAAUUUAACAACUUGUAAAUAACUAUAAUAUUCUGCUUUGGGUACAAUAAAUUUGUUGUUGUUGUUGUUGUUGUUGUUGUUGUCAAAUUAAUGCAUUUAUAGAUAUCAUGAUCUACAAAACCAUGUACAUAUAGGGUACUUAUGCAGAGAAGGUCUUAUGAAAUGUCAUGUUAAGAUCUGUUGUCACUCAGGAAGCGUUGGCGUAAUAUAAUAUUAGGGUUGCGUGAGAUCUAAAGAGGUUUAAGUAAUUAAAACAUUUUCGAGGUCAUUUCAGUUCAUCACGUUAUUUCUCAGUGGUCCAAGAUGACUGCGCUGAAUUCUUCGGAUCCAAACUUCGAUUUUUACCUUUCGAUAAUUCAAGACAAAGGUUACUGGUUAACUUUAGUAUUCGUUGGAUUUUUUUUGGCGUUCGUGAUUAUUAUAGGAAACUCACUUCUCCUCUUCAUAACUUACAAGGAUCCUCGAAAAACCCUUCGUACUCCGCCAUGUUUAUUGAUCACCAAUUUGAGCGCUUCUGACUUGCUUCUUGGGCUGUUAAACGUCUCGCUUGUGGCGGUGAGAGAUGUGUAUCGUUUUAGGCAAGUAAAUAUGCCUUUCCUUGGAUUAUUUAAGGCAAUCAUGUAUACUGUUUUCAUUACAACUAUCUUCGUUAGUGGUUACUCAAUAGUAGCUAUGUCAACAACUUGCUUUGUGGCGAUUAACAAGCCAAUGGAAUAUAAGACCAUCAUCACUAAGAGAAGAGUCAAGAUAUUCAUCGGUGUUUUAUGGCUGAUUUCUUUGUCGACCUGUGUUCUACCUGUGGCGAACGUGCCUGAGAAAACUUAUACGAUGAUUUAUCUUCACACGCACGCAACUGUACCAGCCAUUUUGUUGACUGUGAUUUACACGAAUGUAUUCCGCGCUCUCGCGAGACGUACACGCGAAGUUCAACGAGAAGGCUACAACUCUGUAGCGAAGAACGCUCUGGAACGUGAGAAAAAAAUGGUAAAUGCCAUUAUUAUAAUUCUUGGAUUAUUCUACAUCACAUACAUGCCUCAGUACAUAACUCUUCAUCUACUGCACUUCUGCGAAUCAUGCGAGAAUUCGUUAACUUUCCACAUGAUUGAUGUAGCCUUGUCUAGAUUUUUAUUUAUAAGUUCCGCUAUCAAUCCCUUCGUAUAUGCUUGGAGAGUACCGAAGUAUCGCCAGGCCUUUCAAGAUUGCUGGAAGAUGUACCGUGGUAAACUGAGAAUUACCUCUCACAAAUCAUUCGCAAUUCAUUCGCGGCGUCGAACGUUUUUGGAUGGUAGGAGCAGAGCGCAAAGCGAUCCAACUGAAUCAACCAAUCUUUAA